GCCGACCUGCCAGACCCGGCCCAAGCCAGCCCGCCGAGCCCUCGCCUGUGGCGGGGAUCAAGCCGCCGCGGCAGCUGCCUCCUUCUUCUCUCCGCACCUGCCCCGGCCUGGCCGGGCGCGGCCCCCAGAGAGGGGGGGAGGAAAGGGGUUGCCGACGGCAGUUGGCCGCUGCGGACGCCCGUAGUCCGCCGUGGGGGUGCCGGCCGGCGUGGGGGGGGUGACCCACCACACAUACACAGCUCCCCCCUCCCCGACCUGCCCUCGGCCCUACUGCCGCUUCGGUGGCGGCCCGGCCCCCAGGAGAGCGGGGGCUGGCGUCCUCCCCGCCGUCUCCCCUCUUAUUCAUAGAAAGCAGAUUAUGUUAGCGGCUGGCACUUGGGGCAGUGUGCGCAGUUCUGGCGUGAAGUGGUUUCUGCCUUUCUUUUUUUUUUUAAAAAUUUUUGAUGUGACCUCAUUGUCUCUUGGCUCGGUUGCGAGUAGAGGCUUCUUGACACCUAGACCGAGGCUUCCUGAGUGUUUACACAGCCGCAAUUAGGAGCUGAAACUUGACGUUGCCCAGAGGCCCUGCUUAUGAUGUGUGUAAACAAUAAUAAAUCAAGUGCUGGUUUUAUCCUGAAAUAUUGCCUCAAUUAGCCACAUGUCCCGGGUCUCUGUGGAGUAGUCGAUAGCUUUCCCUCAUUCCCACAACGCCAGCUGUAUGGCCCAGAGUGCACCAGUUAAAAAUAUAAGUAGUUAACAUGUCUGUCUGAUACUUCUACGUGUAACUUAUCACUAUCUUUUUUAUUAAAUAUUUUCUGUUGUCCUAAAUGGGAACAUACCGUGUAAUUUUAGAGACACAGUCACAGUAUUUUUUCAUUUUGUUAAUCUGCUCCUGCGGUUUGUGACCCCUUUUUGUCAGUUUCAUCCAAGUAAAUGACUGGCAUGGUUUUGGGAGGGAGAAUGAGAUUCUAGAUCCGGUGUGAUACCAUUACAACCAAAUUACUAUGCUGUGCAACGAAUUACUACUUUUUUUUUUUUUUUUUUUUUUUUUUUUUCCUUUGGUCUCACACAUUUAAAAGCUGUUGAGGCAAGAUUAAUUUUUGUCCUUGCCCCUAUUUGGGAAAUGAUGUGUGUAUUCCAUUAAAAAGGUCACAGGAAUAGGGAGCGUGGACAAUGUGUUCUGGUCCGUGGAUGUUGGAAAACACUUGAGCCAGCAUCCUAUGGAGGCUAGCAGGAAGAUGUAGAUAAUUUUCAGUGUAUGCCAGGUGUCUCAUCUAACUGUUUGAUAAAAUCAUUAAAGAAUUCUUUCUUAGUCUUUACAAAAAUAUACACGUACAGUCAGUUGAUGGUACUGUUCAUAAUUUUGUUCUAGAGCCUGUGCUGCACAAGGUUUUACCAGUGUAGAUUGUUUGAUUAGGGUAAUUGUAACAACUGUAGUUCAAGAAAUUUAUGUGCUUUUCUCUUCUCUGUACUCUGAAUAGACUCACAGGUUGUUCCCUUUCCUCUAUGGGAUAUAACUGUUUAUGGUCUGCCUGUGCUAUGGGGUUAUAUCUCUUUAGUUACAUAUGUGUAGGUAAAGUGAUACAGCUUCUGCAGCUGGGUAAGCACUGAAGUCUUUUUUAAGAAUGAGUCCUGGUUAGUCCCUGUCAGCUGUAUGUACAAACUUCGUAAAUUAUACUGAACCAGGAAACAAAUUGUUGUGAUUGUAUCAGGAGUCUUUCUAUGCAUUUCCAAACCUUGUCAUUGGUAGAGUAUCAAGCAGUAAUGAGUGCAUUUUCUAAAUAAAACUGCAGAAUUAUCCUUUUCUGAGUUUAUGUGUAGCACCAUAUAUAAUUAUUACAUUUAAGUUUUCAAAAACUUGUGAGUAAAAAAGCCCCAAACGUUUCACAUUUAUUCAGUCUGAAGAAACAGUUUCACGCUUCUUGGUAUGUCAUUGUUAUUAAUCUAUCCAAAAUAAAUAAUUCUGAUUAUUUUUUUUCAACAUAUGUUUUUUACUGUUGACUGCUAUCACUUUACAUAUUUUUUGUCAUCUUACGAUUAAAGUAUCUACAGGAAAACGUCAGUGUAGGUUUCACUGUAUUUUCUUAAUGUAAGCUUCAGUUAAAUGCUGGAAGGCAUAGCUCCAUUUACUUCAUUCACAGGGUAAAGAUAGGUAGUGUAGAGGCUAUUGUACUGCACUGAGACUUUGAAGACUGCUACUGUUUAUUCUCAUUGGUAUCCUGAAUAAUUUUUGAGGCAUCUAUUUUUUUAUUUUUUUUUAAUCUAUGCCUGGGUAUCCUUGUCUGCAUAAACUGAACACUAAUACCUGUCUCCUAUCUGAAGUGGGUCUUAUUAUCAUGUAGUUAAAGUGCUUUACUGGACUGGAAUUUAUCUUGUUACUGUUUCCCGUGGGCUAAUAGGAAGACUGGGAAUUCUUCAUAUUUUGUGUAAGGGGUUUUAUUUUGUAUUUGGAAAUUUCACUUUGGCAUGUAACAAGUUAGUCUAAUAUUAAAGUAACCACAGCCUUGAUUUGUAGUCUUUCUUAAUCUAGACACGAUUUUAAAGAUUCACAUUGUUUAUUGAACAUAAAAAUAACAUUUUGAAACUAAGUCCUUGCAGUCUUCCAUCAGUGUAACUGAAAGGAGUUUAGAAUUAAAUUUAAUUAGAAUUAAAUAUAUAUAUUUAUUCUAAAUACUUGUCUUAGGAAAUGGAUGUGUCUUCUAGAAGCUGUACUUCCUUUUUCAGAAUUUUGAUUUCCAACUGUAUUUUUCUCAUACCUUUCCCUGUAUUGUAAAUGCAGUGUUGUAAUAAAGUCGUAAUAAUUCUGAUUGCUACCACAGCAAGUUUAGAAGUGUUUAGAAGCAAUUCAAUUUCCUGGAAAAGAAUAACUCUUUUGCUGUUAUUAAGCACUGUACUAACAGCCAAGGGUGAAUGAUCCACAAAACCACUGCCGUGAUAGUGGAACUGCGUGUUCUGAUGGCUCUGUUAAUGUCCUGAAUGAAGAGAGAUGUAGUCCAAAUUGUAUUGCAGAAUAUUAUGUAGUGGUCUGGGAGCCAAAUGUUACCUCCGCAAAACUGGCACACAUGUGAAAGCUUACAAUAAAGUAGAUUAAUAUUUUUAUUUUGGUGUAAGUAAGAGUGAAUUAAUUUUUUGUGUGUGUGAAAUUUAAAAUUCCACAAAUGUUACUUCCCUCUUGCAGCAGCUGGUUGCUUCACUGUCACUUGUUAAAGUCUGUAGGUUUACAAAUGAUAAGUCUCUGGGGGGAGGUUAUUUUACCACAGCUCAAUGCUGUACAAACUGUAAAACAACUUAGUGCUCUUCUAAGCAAGAGGAUUCCAAGAGCAAGAAAAAAAGCUGCUGAUAGAGUUCUUUCCUUCACUUACUUGCUACCAGAUGUUACCAAAGUAUUAUACCCAGAUCAUUGUAGGUCUCCCUAAGAUAAUUGUAUGAAGUAUUCCCGUUUUUUAGCAGGUUCUUCACUUUAAGACUGUUUCAUGUUGUAAGUGUAGAACACGGGUAUCAUCAAAUGGAACUAGGAGUGGGGUAGAAAAUAAAAUGACGACACCAAGAGUCUGAAAUACCGGUCUUUGUUGUUCAUGGAGCACUGGCGUGCUUUCAUGAAGUUGGUAAAGGGCAGUAACUGGGUUCCCCUGACAGCGGCAUGGGGAUACCAAGUCUUGUCUUACUGAAGGACAAAAAGGAAGUUGGUGUUAGAAGUGGAAAUAAAACUUAGGUCUGCUUGUCAUCACAUGCUUGCUUAUGGUCCUUCAUAUGAACAUGCUUGUUUGUUUUUAAUAUAGCAACUACUCCAGGCCAUGUUGUUCUCACUUUUUCUUCUACGUAUAUGUAUAAAAGAGCUAUUUGCUGUUAAACAGGAAGUCCAUUUAAGUACUUAGACAGUUAAAAGGUGAUUUUUGAAAAUGGGAGCUAUGUGGUUGUACUGUCCCUUAGCCUGCUAUACCUAUGGUCUGUAACUGUCAUCUUCUAUAGCUGACAGUACAUUCAGGUAAAAAAGCAGAAUAUGGUAGCUUACUGCUGGUGUACUAAAAGAGGGAUUCAUUUUUUUUAAACCACCAAUUCCAGUUUAUAUUUUAUAUGUGAGGCUUUUGAAUGGCUUGUGCUUUUUUCUUGAGGACAGAGGAAGCUAGGAAAUGUGGCUAUACUUCACAUCCUGCUUAGUUUUUUUCAAAUUACAUAGCAAACAAAAGAAAGGGAAAAGGAUAUUAUAAUACACACUACUGAGAAAUAAAGUCCAAGUCUUUUAUAUUCAAAGAAAACAGAGGCAAUUAUGAAACAGAAAUUGGAGCAUUGUACAUGUUUAACAUACCUAGAGGAUAUGGGAAUGAAAAUGUGUGCCAUGUUGUUAAUUUUAUAACUAAAGAACUUGAACUUACAGAUCAGUCUAUGAUUGCUUAAUUUACAUGUGUUCUAGAUGACUUAUGCAUGUUCUAGGCCAUGAUAGUAGCAAUGCCAAGAGUAAGUUACCUGGUUUGGGGUUGGGUGUUUUUUUUUUGAGAUGUUGUUUUCAGUAGCUUAUUUCUUAGUCAUACUGAAAUUUGCCAUGAUGAAUAUGUUUGAGCAGGGUUAUUCGGGAAACAUUAAUCUAAAAUGACUCAGCAUUUUGAAAAUGACUUUUAAGAGAAAGUAAAUGUGUUAAUUUCAAGCGGGGGAGGGGGGAGUGCUUGUUUUGGCUUAUUUAAGAGUGUAUCAACACUUCAGUUCUGGAACUGAGUGUUGCAGAGGAGAAAGGAGAAGAGAGCAUAAACAUUCACAUGGAGUGUAUGGGUGUUCCUCGAGAAACUUCAACAAAUCAUAAGCGCUUGAAAACCUGGGUCAUGCAUGUUAUUCAGCAAAUAUUUCUUAACUAAACUAUCUGAAUAUUCCAUGUAACACGAGUAUCUUCCUGUCUGUUGGUCCUUGCAUGUCACCUGACUGUGCUCAUCAUCUGGACCAAGUAGUUAAGCAUGAUGCAUCCCACAGCAGUAGGUGCUGGGUUUCUGUCCUCUACGUUGUACAUCAGUGGGAUUCCCUCUGCUGGAAAAAAAUAAUGUCUUCUUCAACCCAUUGAAGGAAAGGGAACUGGAUUCCAGGUGGUCACUUUUGUAACUGACUUUUUUUUUUAAAGAAUAUUUGUUCAUACUUAUGAUGAUUUGACAUAAUUAAAGUUUUAUUAACCAUGAUGGCAACACAGACAUUAAGUAUAGACAACUAUCAAGAUGGACAACAGAUGCAAGUAGUAACAGAGUUAAAAACUGAACAAGAUCCCAACUGCUCUGAAACUGAUGCCGAAGGGGUGAGUCCUGCCCCUGUAGAAUCUCAGACUCCAAUGGAUGCAGACAAGCAGGCCAUUUACAGGCACCCACUAUUUCCCUUGUUAGCACUAUUAUUUGAAAAAUGUGAACAAUCUACACAAGGUUCAGAAGGUACAACUUCUGCUAGUUUUGAUGUAGAUAUUGAAAAUUUUGUAAGGAAGCAGGAGAAAGAAGGAAAACCCUUUUUCUGUGAAGAUCCAGAAACUGAUAAUUUGAUGGUAAAAGCAAUCCAAGUUCUACGUAUCCAUCUGCUUGAGCUAGAAAAGGUUAAUGAACUCUGCAAGGAUUUCUGUAGUCGUUACAUUGCCUGCCUGAAGACAAAAAUGAACAGUGAAACUCUAUUAAGUGGAGAGCCUGGAAGUCCUUAUUCACCUGUGCAAUCUCAGCAAAUUCCAAGUGCCAUUGCAGGCACACUCAGUCCCCAAGGGAUUAUGGUGCCAGCAUCAGCAUUGCAGCAGGGAAAUGUAACUAUGGCAACAGUAGCAGGGGGCACAGUGUAUCAGCCAGUCACUGUGGUCACUCCACAAGGUCAAGUAGUGACACAAGCAUUGUCACCUGGGACUAUUCGGAUCCAGAACUCUCAGCUUCAGUUGCAAUUAAACCAAGAUCUAGGCAUCUUGCAUCAAGAUGAUGGCUCAUCAAAAAAUAAAAGAGGAGUUCUUCCCAAGCACGCUACAAAUGUGAUGAGAUCUUGGCUUUUUCAGCACAUUGGGCAUCCAUAUCCAACAGAGGAUGAGAAGAAACAGAUUGCAGCACAAACAAAUCUGACACUACUCCAGGUUAACAAUUGGUUUAUCAAUGCUAGAAGGCGAAUUCUUCAGCCGAUGCUGGAUUCCAGUUGUUCUGAAACUCCCAAAACAAAGAAGAAAACAGCUCAGAACCGACCAGUUCAGAGGUUCUGGCCUGACUCCAUUGCCUCAGGAGUUGCUCAGCAGCAAUCUAAUGAGCUCACAAUGUCAGAUGGUGCUGUUGUAACAAUUACAGCUCCAGUCAACAUGAAUGUAGACAGUCUCCAAUCUCUGUCAUCUGAUGGUGCUACUUUGGCUGUUCAGCAAGUUAUGAUGGCAGGGCAAAGUGAGGAUGAAUCUGUAGACAGCGGUGAAGAUGAUGGAGGAGAUCUCUCAACAACAAAUAUCAGUGGGCUGGUCUUGGAUAACAGCGAUUCUCUGCAGUAGGAAGCAAGAGAGUGUGACAAAAUGUUUAGGAAAAAGAAUGGACUGACUGACUGACUGUUUUUAUAGUUUGCACAGCAAACAUUUUACACAAGUUUUAUUUCUAAUAUGUUUUAUAUGUAGAUAUAGAAGGGUGCACUUUUUUGUAUUUCAUAGUAAGCUUAAAGAGUGUUUUUGCAGGUGCAGCAACUUCUUUCAAAUGUGUUUUUUUUUCAUUUCAUUUCCUUUUCUUAUUUCAGAAAAUUAUAUCUAGUAAUAUAAAGAACCACAUAAGCACCCCUUUGUUCUAUGAAUUGGAAGUGCUGCAAUUUCUAAAGAAUUACGCAGUUUCAAUUAGUGCUGUUAUUUAACACAGCUCUUGAUGGGCAGGUGAUGUAAAUUUAAAGCAUGUGACACUAGUGUGUGGAACUUGAUCAUUAAGUUUAGAUGCAUAUAUUUGAAAGAUGCUUCUGCACCUUAAAAACUGCUAGUCUGAGGUGGACAGCAACACACAUAAAAAGAAAAUGUUGAUGUGUGAUUCAGUAGCGAAUGUAUGGCAAUUGAAAUAAGUUUAGUUUCUCUCAUAGUCCGUGAGCCUGUUUAUCAUUUGCUAUAAAAACUCCUAUUUUUACCUUGCCGGGGUUAUUGGAUAAAAAAUAUUUUUAUAAAUUCACUAGGAAUUGGGAUGACGACUGUAUUAAGCAGGAGGGGAAAAAGAAAAAAAGAAAAAAAAAAAAAAAAAAAAAAAAAAAAAAAAAAAAAGAAUUUCCAGAGGGGAAAAAUAAAUGUUUAGUAUUCCUAUUUGGAAGGUCUGAAAACUGACCAAAUUUAAUAAACAAGCCUAUGCUAGCAUUCUAUGAUUCUCAGCUAUCCCACAGUGAUAUCCUAUAUUUGAUAAUAGCAUAAGAAAGGCCCACUGUUUGAUGGGAUUUUGAUAUUGUCAAACAUUGAUUUAUAUUAUGUGUAAACUAAUAUUCAAAUUACAUUAGCUCUGUAUCUAGACUUGUAUCUGAAGAUAUUUGCUAAAUGAGUAUUCAGGUAAGUAAAUUCAAAUACCCACAACUUUUCCGGUUAUUAGAGGAAUUUAACAGUUUAUAGUUUGUACAACUGAAUCUGAAAAAUGAAAAGUUGCUUACUAUACAGUCAUGAAUUCUGCUAUCACUCUGCUAUUUUAAUGCAUUUGAAAUAUUUUCCCCUAAUACAAAACAAAAUAUAACUUACGGAUUUAUAUAAAAUAUCUUCAAAUCUGAAGGUUACUACCAGAAUAUACAGCAGGCUUUAUUAGAGUAGGAAAUCCAUGUGUGUCAUUUAAAAAUGAAGAGCUAACCAUGAAAACUCUUUUUUUUUUUUUUUUUGUGGUAACAGUUCAUUUCUUUUUUUCCCCAAAGUUUGGAGUCUAUGUCUGUCUAUCCAUGAACACUUACUUUUGGAACUUUGUAUUUCCCCUUGUUAAAUACAAGUAACAGACUCUAAGAGUCUCACGGUGAGAUCAAUGUCCUCUUUUCCCCCUGUCCAUUUGUCAGUGUUGGGUUAGAUCAAAGCCAGAACAUCCUGAUUUAGAGCAAAUCCAGUUGCAUUUCUAAUGUGACAGGGAAAAAGAUGUUAGCUUUUAGAGUUUUUAGACAUUGUAUUUGAACAAAGCCCUUUGACAGAUGCAAAUAUUUAAUUGAAUACUUCAUUUCUGCUUUACAAAACACUCAGGCAUGUGCUUAGGUCCCAUUGAUUUCAGUAGGAUUAGCGAAUGUACUUGUUGGCAUGCUUAAAUGAUUGGAAGGUGAUCUUUAAAGAUUGUCUUCCAAGGCAAGUCAGUAUAAGUUGGUUUGAAGAAAAACUUUGGAACAAAAUGUCAGUAGCAUUGGCAUGUGUGGAGAAUAAUACUAGUUUACAAUGACUAGUUGCUAUUUUGAAAAAUUGGUGUUGAGUUUUACUCAACACAAGUAGUAUUUCUGCUAUGGCUUUCGCUUAUUCCUGGCUGAGGAUCUUGCUUUUCAGUUCAAAUGCUGUAAUGAUCUACUCCAGCUGGAGUGGUAAUUUCUAAAGAAUGUGUUUUCUAACUUCUCUGCUUUGCCACUAAUGUGCCAUGUUUGUUAAAGGGCAUAGUAAAUGAAUGAUGAAAGAUUUAAUUAGGAGGGCUUUGACAGAGCAUAACUAUCUCAAAAGCUACUGUCAAAUCUAGUUUGGCCCCAAAACAUUUUAAAAGACAGCUACCAUAUGCAAAUCGUGCUCAUUUGGAAACAUUCAACCUACUGCUUCUGCAAAGGAUACCUGAGAUGACUAGAACUGAGAAACAGACUCUGUAUUUUUCUUUUUAGUUGUUUUUUAUUUAACUCCAUAAGUGCUUCAUCACCCCCACAGUUUCCAUUAUAUAGUAGGUUAUAUUUGUUGGUUUGUUUGGGGUUUUUAUUCAGCUACCCUUGUUCAUAUUUAAAAUAGUGCGUUAAUCCCUGUACUUUUAGAACGUAGGCAGAUGAAUAGUCUACUUCUCAGUCUGUACAGGCCUAUGGACGAAUAUGUGCUUUUCCACAUCAACCUGUGGUGGAGGAACAGGCCAUUUCUCACUGUCUUCUUUCUCUCCCUGACCAGUUGCUGCUGCCUCAGAAGUACUAGCAGAUCUUUCCCCAGCCUGCUUUGAGGUAGUCUAGGAAGCAGCUGAGACAGUAGAUCUGUUGGGGCAAUAAGUAGGCAGCAGUGAAGGGAAGGGUAAACCAAAAUGGCCAAAAAAACUUUUGUGGUUUGGAGAUAAUGUGGCAAUGGGCCUUUGCCCACACUUCAAAACUGUGAGAAUUGGGAUCUUAAAAAGACAGAGGGUAUUAAAACAGUUGAAUAUCUAUACAGCUGGCUGGAAGAGGGUUCAGGAAUAUGUAGUUCAUGUAGUUAGAACUCAGUUGGAAACAAGCAGGCAUCAGGGUUUGCAUGCUUCUGAAAGCUUAUUUUUUUGGAAAGAAACCACUGUCUGGUUAGCAUUUUUUUUUUAUUCCCCCCACCUUACAUGCAGAAGUAUUGUGAAAGGGAGAAUAUGGAAUAGUUUUACUGUCAAAUUAGAAACAGGGAUGUUUCCUAAAACUGAAAAGGCUUUACCAGUCUACUCAAAGGUUAUUGCUUAAUACAUGGAACCUCAAACCUUGUCUUUUAACUCAAUGAGAAUUCUGUAGUGGGUAUGAACUGCACAGAAGUGCUUGCUCUUUUUACGAUUUAAAAAAAAAAAAAGGGAAAAAACCCCACUGUCCUUCUUUUUUUGCUGUGUAAGAAAGAUUGCUAGUUUAAGUAAAGCAUCACUAUUCAGGAAAGGUAGAUGUUUACAUUGGUUAAAAACUCUUUAUAGGGGACCUAUCUUUAAAUCCAUGUAUAAUUCCCCUCCCCGACCCCGAUUAAAGUCAUGGUCAUAUGCAAUAGAACUAACAUGGUUUUUAAAUUAGUGUAAUUCUUCUGCGAUUAUGAUUUUUUAAAUGUUUUCAAUGUAAUAUAGAUCGUUACCCAAAACAGGGUUCUCAGUCCAGUGUUUCCAAGAUUUCUGUAACAGGCAAGGCAAUUUCCUGUUGUUAUUUAACUUUAGAAACAUGGCAAUUUUAUAAAUCAAUUCCAAAUUGAUCAGCGUAUAUUUUUAAGUGACUGUUCCAAAGAAAUAAUCAUGUUGGAGAACAUUCAGAAUUGACAGGCAUGGCUCUGGCUCUGCAGAGAAUUUCCUAGAUCUGGAUAUUGGGUCAAAGUGGAGUCCUGCUGACCUCAGGGAAACUCCAUGAGGCUGCAUGUCGGGCUGCAUUUACCUGCAGGAGAAUCAGUUCCCUGUUCCGGUCCCUGGUCACUCUUAGGAACCUUUUGGAGAGCCCUCCAGCUGUAUCUUGCUGCAUACCUAGGUUUUCUUCCAGUGGAAACCAGGAAACCAGGGUAUGGACAAAGGGCUUAGAAUGGCAGGAAUUCGUGUUGACCUGGUGUGCACCACAUACCGUUUUGAUGUUCAAAAUAUGGCCAGAAGGCAGACUUACACUGAGGAAUUAGUUCCCUGUUCCUGUGCUUGGAAAGUAGCUUCAGGUUUAUGAAUAUUCUAGUGGUGUAGGGCCACAAAGACAAUGCAUGAAUAAUAUAUCUAUUCGUUUUCUCUAAUCACAUGGAAAAAGAAUUAGAAGGCAGUUCAGCUUCCUGACUUCAUGAAGUUGACAGCCCAGAGGAUGAAACAAAGCCUUUCCUAGGGAUGGUAGUUUCCUAAAACCAUUACAUUUAUAGCACUUCAGCAAAAACCCAGAACACCCUGGUAUCUUGAUAAAUUGGAAAACAUGCAUUUAAUUGUAAUUAAAGUUGAUUGAAGAUUUAUUUUCUGAAGCUGAGUCGUCUUGGGAGGAAGAAAAUGAAUAAGUAUUUGUCUAUGCAAGACAUAAAUGUCAAAAAUGUGUGAAUUACCCAUUUUCAGGUGCUGUAUUGUUAUUGUCUUUCUGACUUCUGUUACUUUGAUUAGUCUUUUGAACCUUUCAGCCUUAUAUUCAGCUUAGUUUUUAGAGUUGAAUAGGCAAAAUGUAGUUUUGAAAUCUGUUGGAAAUGUAACUAACCUUCAUUCCCUCAUGAAAUUCUCGCAUGUUAAACAAUUAAGUGAAAUGUUUUGGUUUCCUAAUAAUAAAUUCAAACUCUCACCACCUCCUAAAACCAGAGCAUAUCCAUGAAAAUGCAGGUUUAAUUGUAGUGUGCAAAUGAUCAAGACAUCAGCCUUGUGCUGAGUACACUUUGCUCUUUACUGCUCAGUGUAGCUGAAUGGCAAAGCAGGUUGGUUUUGUCAAACUCAGUGUGGGUUCCUUCCCUCCCUGCUCCCGCCCUUGCCUUGCUCUAACCUCCUUUCAGAUAGGUUUGGGGUUGUUUAAUUGUUAAAGUCCUCAAGUAACUUGAUCAUCCAGUGUAAAGUCUAGUGAAAUUGGCACUAAUGUGCUUUUAAGUGAUUGCCCAAAUCAUGUUAUUUGUUAAUUCUCAUCACCUGGAAAUAUAAAAUCUGUUCCUUUUCUAUGACUUAGUUCUUUAGGACCUGCUGAGUGCUGGCAGCUGGUUUUGCUAGAGAAAAGCAAGGUGUGAGAAAGCAGUGAAAGGCCUCACUGACCUUGUAGGCUACUAUAAAGAUACUGACUUCACGUUAAUAGAAUCCAGUGUUUUCAGGUCGUGAGAGAAGUCACCUGUAAAUCUUUCCAGGGGUUAGCAACAUUUGGUCUAUACGAUCAACAAUCUUUAAAAUGUGAAACCCUGUAACUUUUUUUUUUUUUCUCCUUCAUUGUUAAGGGAUUUUGAAGCAACUGAUCUAUCAAGGGAUAAAAUGAAAAAUCAGAAUGUGGCUUGUGGGUGGUUUACACUACUGUGCUUUGUGAACUGAAAAAGCACAUUUGUAAAGCAAAGCAUUCACACUUCUUUAACAGUAUUGUUUGGCCGAAAGACAAAUAUGUUUUCAAGAAAUCUUGAGCAGAGUUUCAAACUAGUUAACCAGUUCUUGGCCAGGGACAAUCCUCUUGGAUUUGCUGGGUUUUCUGGUUUAUGCAAAUGAAGAAAAAUGUUUACUAGUUCAUACCAGUAUGGGGAUUUUUAUUACGCUUUUGUAAUGCAGGAGCAGCUUCCGUGAAGGAAAGAAUUAGCAGGUAAAUAGUCCAUAAUGUGUGUGAACUUUGGGGUUUUGGGUUGUUCUUUCAAAAUCGUUAAUUAAAAUGGCAUGGACAUCAAACUUUCAGUAAUGGUUCCGAGCAUAGACGGUAGAGACUUACCCCUGUGUUAACAUGUUGAGCCAGACGGGCUGUAACGCAUUUGUACAAUUGCCAUGUUCUACAAGAUCAGAAGUCUUCAGCCUUCUCGUUACAAGGCAGCGAGGAAACUCAAACUCGUUUCAUCCGGUGUGUAUGAGUCUUGCUCAGCAAAGACACGGUGCUCUGAAGACGAAACCUGCUUCGGGUUAGCGCUGAAGCGUUAUUUAUUCCUCCUCUUGCUUCCCCAGCAUCUGGGGUGGUGACAUCCAGCUGUGGUCCCCCAAGGCCGCAGCCCUGAGCCCCGUGCACCUGGCUGAAGGGGCCCUGCCUGGGACCCCUCUGGCUACAGCUGCUACAGCCUCACCAUGUACAGCUUUUUACUUACUCCAGAACAUGUCCCCAAGCAUUUUUGACUCAUACCUUGUUUUCAAAGGGUUAAUCUGUGAUUAACUGAAUAGUUUGUGUUCUAGACACAGGAGUAUUUGAUCAUUUCGUUGCUGACAUGAAGAGUGCCUGAGAAUAAUUCCUGGAAAUAGUUUUAACUCCACUGCUGCCAGAGAGCAUUUUUUUCCUUACUCUGAUGAGAAUAAAAAAACCAACCGACCAAACAAAGACCCCCUGCAAAGCAGAUUUUUUUUUUUUUUUCACCUACGUUAUGUCCAGUGCAGCGUGUGCCUGGUCCCUUGGUUUCAAAUUCCCCGAUGAAUCCCCUUCAAGAAGGCAUUGCAGGAAUUGGGAGCAGAGUCAUAAGCAACCCAUGAGCCUGUUUGCUUUUGUGGAGCGCCUGGUUACAAAGCGCUAAUCCUUAGUAUGCAAUUUAGGGAUGUUUCUAAAUACCCCUUUUUGUGGAAAACCAGAGCAAUAUCCUCAAUGCUAAAAAGCUGGGGGGGGGGAAUGAACUCCAGACACUGUGUCAAAUGAGGAUUCUGCAAGAAUAGAUACAGCUGGGAUGCCCACUAGCUACUGUAUUAUUUAUUCAAAAAUCUCUAUGUGAAUUCAUGCAAGUUCAGCAUGUGCAAGGUAUGCAGGAUUAAGCGUGUUAGGUAUUUAAGGAAGAAAAAAAAAAA